AAUGUAGAAAAUGGCAUAAUAAGAAAUAAUUAAAGUAGAGAACAUUUUCUGCCUCGUUUUUGCUUAUCCUCUCUUCAGCUUACAGAUUUUGGCCUUGCUCGGAUUUCCUGUAGCGUCUCGGUAUUCAAGAAGGAUGACGAAGAGGGAGGGACAGUCAGCUACAUGCCCCCGGAGGCGUUUGGCUUAAGAUACGAACCUAAACGAGCCUCUGAUAUCUGCAGUUAUGGGAUACUCCUUUGGUCCAUUCUCACAGGGAAACAACCAUAUAAGGAUGCACACCACGCCAUAGUGGAGCUUCGCGUCCCACAAGGACAGCGUCCACCAAUAGACAAUAUUAAGGGUGAUGCUGCAGGGUUGACAGAGUUGACAGAACUGAUGCAGAGAUGUUGGGACAAUAUACCCAAAGAAAGGCCCCGAGCCUUUGAGUGUACAACCAAGACAGAAGAACUGUAUCAGAUGCACAAACAUGCAAUUUUUGACACUAUCCAUGAAGUGCUGAAGAAACUGGACCAAAAGGAAAAGGAAGACAAGGAAAUUCUAACUGCUCAGGCUUCAGGUCUGUACUUACAUAUUACUAUUGCCUGGUUUCAGACCUUUUAAUUCGUCCACCCAA